GCUGAGCGCUCGGCCGCAGCCACGUUGGCCGCCUGGCAGCAGUACCGCCAUGCCUGCGAGCUGCGCCUCCGCCACGACCCCCCGGCCCCCGGUGAGGGGCACUGGGGGAGCGGCGGCGGUGACGCGGUGGUGGCGGCAGUGCAGGGCGGGGUGGUGGUGCGACGCUGUGGCCCCGAUGGGCAAUGGGUGACGGACGGCAGCGGGCGGCCCUGGAGGGAUCAUUCGCAGUGCGAGGACACGGAGCAGGAGACGCCGCUGCAGCGGCAGGCCUGGCUGCUGGAGCAGUUCCGCCUGGUUUACACCGUGGGUUACUCGGUGUCCCUGGUCUCCCUGCUCCUCGCCCUCCUCCUGCUGCUGCUCUUCAGGCGCCUGCGGUGCACCCGUAACUACAUCCAUGCCAACCUGUUCCUCUCCUUCGUGCUGCGGGCGGGCGCCAUUUUGACACGGGAUGCUCUGCUGCACCGCCACCUGCGACCCGGGACCACCGACCCACUUCAGGUCCUGAGCCAGGAGGCGGUGGCCGGGUGCCGGCUGGCACAGGCACUGACUCAGUACUGCGUCGGGGCCAACUACGGGUGGCUGCUGGCCGAGGGGCUGUUCCUGCACAAGCUGCUGGUCCUUGCCACCUUUUCGGGUGACCGCUGCCUCCCCGCCUUCCUGCUGCUCGGAUGGGGAGCCCCCGUGCUCUUCGUGGUGCCGUGGGUGGUGGUGCGUUACCUCUACGAGAACGAGGGGUGUUGGGAGAGGAACGAGAAGGCGGCGGUUUGGUGGAUCAUCCGUUGCCCCAUCCUGAUGGCCGUGGCGGUGAAUUUCGUGGUGUUUGUGCGCAUCGUCCGCAUCCUGGUGGCCAAAGUGAGGGCCCACCAGGUGGCCCGAGGGGACUGCAGGGUCAGGUGGGGACACGGGGGGGACACUGAGGGGUGUGGGGUUAACAGGGGGCAUGGGGACAAUGGGGGGGUGUCCUUGUCUGUGUCCUCAUCCCUGUAA